GCGGCGGCUGCGGCGGCGGCUGCGCGCUCCCCGGCCUGUCGGCAGGAGCCCUGGAGAAAACCGGCUGAGUUCUGCAGAGCUGGCAGGGGCGGGCCUGGAGCUCCCCGGUGCCCACAGCCGGGCCCGCCCUGCGGAUGAUGCCAACCUAAUCAGAGCCCUGCCGUCCCGGGGGCGCAGCAACUUGGUGAGGGGGACGGGGCUCCGGACUAGACAGCACCCAAGCUGGCCGCUCCCUCCCAGAGUCUUGUCUUUCCGGUGUUGGUCCCAGGCUCCGUAGCGAGGAGGACUUCAACCAGUGGGCACCACCGUCGACCAGGUGGAGUGAGUCUGAGGCCAGUAGAUGAACAGACAGAAACUGAAAGAUCCCCAAAAAGGAUGAGUGAGAGGGCUGCGAGGAACUGGAGCACGCGCGGCUGGCUGCUGGCUAUGUGCCUGGUCUGGCUGUUGACCCGCCUGGCCUUGGCUGCCUUGCAGCCUCCAACUGCCACAGUGCUUGUGCAGCGGGGCACCUGCGAGGUGAUCGCGGCUCACCGCUGCUGCAACCGGAACCGCAUCGAGGAGCGCUCCCAGACGGUCAAAUGCUCCUGCUUUUCUGGCCAGGUGGCCGGCACCACGCGGGCAAAGCCCUCCUGUGUGGACGACCUGCUCUUGACUGCCCACUGUGCUCUAGAGAGCUUAGAGCCAGGCUCCUGCCUCCUGCUCCCACAGCCUCCAUCGUCCUGCAGAGGUGGUGGUGUCAGAUGGAGCCCUGCCUGCCGGGGGAGGAGUGUAAGGUGCUCCCGGACCUGUCGGGAUGGAGCUGCAGCAGUGGACACAAAGUCAAAACCACCAAGGUCACACGAUAGCUCUGGGAGGUCAUGGCCUGUGCAGGAAAGGCUUGAUUGAGCCAUGGACUGAAGAAUGGUAUCCGGUCAUCAGCCAGGGAAGAUGAGGAUUUGCUUACAUGCCUCAUGCCAAAUGCAGCAUCAGUCUUUCCGGGGCAUUUCAGUUAAGCUGAUCAACAGAUAUGGAUGGAUCUGCAACCACAUACCUAGCGUGGAGCUCGGUUUUUCUGGAGAUGCAAAGGUCAACACACAAUUCCUGCCCUUAAGGAAUGUCCAGUUCAAUUGGAGAGUUGAAGACAGACAAUUUAGAUAAUUUAGGUUAAAGUACAUGAUACCAAACUGUGGCUUCUGGGCCCCAUGCCAUGGCAUGGUGGGGGUUUGGGGAUGAGAUUCCCACAGUUUUUCAGCCACCCCUUGGCCACAGGGCACAGAGACAAGAGGUCCCAUUUACCACCCACCACCUCCCUCCUUCGCAUCAGUUCUGAAUCCCCAGCAAGCUGCUAACAUGUUGCAGGAAAACACUCUCCCCUUAUACCAGACCAGCGGCAUCUCAUUUGGAUGCGAUUGGAUUGACUUGGGGAAGGAAAGUAAAAAUAAAUCCAAAUAACUUCCCAGCAA